CUCGUAUGCCUUCACUAUACUAGUGUCACGCAGUAGUCAGCAUGCAGUGUGAGAGUAGAGUUUGUGCGAAGUAGAAAUACAUGCAGCAGUGAGAAGAUACGGAUUGCUACGAGAUAGUGAAAAAAAGUGCAAAAAUCUUUAUUUUUGCACAUGAAACAAGCAAUUAGAAUCCCGUACAGAAUCGUCGGGUAAGAUUUUCGAUUGUGUUUCGCUGUGGAUUCGCGUUGAGAAGAGCCCUCAUGUGGCAAAAUUAGUGUUAAAAAAGAUUUCAGCCUCCAGCAAGGAAAAAAAUCGAGAAGGAAAAAUCGGGGCGUUUACGUAGUUUAUUAGUCCGUGGGAUUAGUCGACGUUCGGAGCCCGUUUUUUGCUACGUUUGGCAAGAUUGUUGCGCAAAAAAGACUCAGGACAUCUGAAAUUGGGUGAAAUAUACAUCCGCUAGUUUGCCGUUCGGAAGUCGCAGCUCCUGGAAGUCGAGAAAAGAAAGAUGGGCACUCUGGCCAUCGAUGGUGCGAUACACCAGGCAGAGCUGCUGUCGAUUGAAACCCUGGUGAAUGAGUUCUACCAUCCGGGCACAUCCAAUUCUAGGAAACAUGCGAUCGAGGGUCAACUACAGCAAUUCCAACGAUCAUCGCAUUCCUGGGCCAUGUGCCUGCACAAUUUGGCCCAUUUCAACAACCAGUACUUUUGGUUCUUUAACGUUUCCACCAUUGAAGUCACCAUUAAUCAGCGAUGGCACACCUUGAAUGAACUCCAAAGGAAUCAGAUAAAUGAGUCGCUGUGGUCGACCUAUGCGGGGUUUUCUCAAGACAUUCCGGGACUUCAGCGGGACAAGAUCGCACAGCUGAUUGCUCUCAUUGGUAAACGGCAGUUCCCCGAGCAGCACCCGGAUUACAUGAACCAGGUAAUGGAAUUGCUUAAGAACAAAUUCAUCCUCGGCAUCACUCUGCUGCGUUCAACUUCGGAUGAGAUCACUAGUACAAAAUCCGAUAUGAACAGCGAGCGGCAAAAAUAUCUCUCCUACUGUGUAUCGAUGUACCUGCCGUCGGUGUUCGACAUUCUGGAAAAAUACGCUGAACUCUGCAUCACCCGAACAAGUUGUAAGAACGGAAUUAGCUUGGCUCAUCUGCCACCCCCAUUUGGUGACGAUUCACGACUGCAGCAAGCCGUACUCGAUUUGUUGCUGUGUGUGCAGCAGAUAUUUUCGUGGGCUCCUCUGGACAAUAUUACUGGUCCGGAGUUUUUCCAGAGCUUGUUCGUGCUUGCUCGGUGGAACGAGAGCUAUAACGAUGUAUCGAUCUCUGCCCUGACGACGAUUUCGGAGCUAUUCUAUCGCCAGAAACCCCUUCCGUUGCCGACGGUCAUAGCCACCGGAGUGAUCGAUUUGCUUCAGCAACCAACCCUUAAACUGUCGAAUGAAUUGUACCAGGAUAAGCUUACAGAGCUGCUCCGAUUGUUCACUGUCCAGCAGUGGCACAAGUGGAGCAAGGAUCCACAUUUUCCUGCCAUAAGCUAUUUGAACUCGCUCUUUCAGUAUACAUUUUUCGGAUACGGAGCGCUGGCUUUCACGGAACGUUUAACAAUUUGGACUCCAAUCAUACGCAGCUUUGGUGCGACCGGGAACAAUGGUGUCACAGAGAAGCAUACCGAAAAGCUGCUAGCGUUAUCAGCGGGCACCGUGAAACGAAUGCUAUUCCAGUACGAUUUCGAUCAGCAGUUGGACAUGCUGGACAGCGAAGAACUUGAUGAUGAUAAUGAAACCGAGCUGCAGCAUUUCUUCAACCAAUGCAUCGACACAAUUGCGCUAAUUGCCGAGAUCGAACCGAUUCGGGUGUACGACAUGGUCUUUUCGGAGUUUGCGUCCGACUCGAACGGUCCCUAUGCGCAAGUUCUUUCCACGGUCGGUGUCCUGCUGAACGGAUCCUGUUUCAUAUCGCCGCGUUCACUGGAGGAUGACGGAGGUGCCGGACUGCGGUGUAAAUUCCGUGAUUUCAUUUCCCUGUGCCAAGUGAUAGCCCGAAUCAGUUCGCUGCUGCACGAAUGUUCGGAGAAGGUUAGCGCAUCCCUCGGAAGGCUGAUCGAGGAUUUAGUCAAACUGGUGGAGAUGGUUUCCGACGCUUCGGGUGAUCCGUUGGAGUACUUUUUCGUGCAUCUUUCCCCGAUUGCAAGCGAUUUGGUGGACGUCGUGGGCCAAACGCUCAUCACUGUGCGGAGUUUGCUGCUGGUGACACACAUUCCUUUCGGAGACGCGGAAAUGAUGCGUUUCGUUGGGUGCAUUCCGCGGUUUUUGUCCCCUCCGCAGAAGGUGAAGAAAGAUCAGCUGAAAACGCUCUCGAGUGCUGCGGCUCAGCUGCUGCUCAGUGUUAGUGCCAAUUUGCGACCGAAAUACCUCGUUCAGCUAAUUAAACCACUAGUUCACAGCGACCUUCGGCAUAUGGAGCGAUCGACAGCCAGCACAGUUCGGCGAGCAAUAUGCAACUGUUUUGUGCUACCGUGGGCAGGCUGUUCAGUACAGGAGCAAAAUUUCGAAGGUCGUGCCGCACUGUUACAGGAAUACAUUGCAUUUAUUGCCGGUGAUUUGAUUAGGUUAGACUUGGGCCAUGCCUUCAACGCUUGUAGUUUCUCGCUGGAUUACGGCCAGGAGGAGAAAAUUGUUUCAGUUGCCGCAACUGUGCUGAGCACACUGCGCGAUCUACUAGAUUACUACCAAGAACAGAGCAGUUCCGUCAAGCAGAUGUUGGCGGCGGCAUACAGACCUGUGAUAGAGAAAACUCUCGCCAUUUAUAGCGCUGCCAGCAGCAAAAACUGUGCCCUCGUUGAACACAUCUUCGACUUCUGCUUGGGAAUCAUCAGAACCUUGCAGAUCCAACUUGGCCAAAUGUUCCUGAAGAACAUUAUUCUACUGUUUCUGGGGAAAACCAAAACCGAACAAGUCACAGUGCAGCGGUUCCGUUCGUUGGACAUCUUGCUCAAAAUGUUCCUACUGAUAGUGGAGCAACCGGGAAAUGCUUCGCUACUGUCAGAUAUCAUCAGCUUCUCGAUAGAACACGUGCUUCCCCUGGUGUACUCGUCAGAGUUCACCACCAGCAGCAGUAAAUGCGAACAGCGUGGUCACGCCGAUGCUAGUUUAUCUCUGUACCUUCUGUUCAACGGAAUACUGCUUCAUCGAUGGCAAUAUUUCUACAAGUCUAGUGUUCUGAAGCAAUUCGCUCCCAGUUCAGUGGGCGCAUUGCAGCAGCCUCAGUCUGCGCUUGAACACUCGGAUCAAUUUGGUGCCAUAAUGAACGCGUACGGUCAGGCUAUCGUAUGCGCCAGCGAUCCUCACAUUACCCGUGCCACACUACAGUCACUUCAAGCGUUGCACGAGCGGUGGAAGCUCUACCAGAAGGGUUUCUUCCGCGAUAACUUACUUCAGUCGUUCGAGGCUGCCAUCAUCAAGGCGUUGGCCGCGCCGGAAGGAAUUAUGCACUACGAGCUGUUGCUGUCGGUGUUGCACAGCAUGGGAGAGGUGGAUAUGAAGCUCCUGCAUGGAACCUUCACCGGGAUUGGUUUCCCGGAGGAUUCGAAACUGGUCGAGGAUGUUUGCCUUGCUUCGGAUUAUCCAACCUUCGCACACCGCAUGAAUCAGCUCAUCCAGGACACCAAGUGCGGCCAGCUGACCGAAACGGCUUAAUUUCGAGCCUUUUCGUCGAAGUAGCCUAGAUAGUUUUCUAGAAACUAUCAAUCACUGUAGAUUUUCUCUCAUCCAUAUUCUCACAAACACAAACACACACCCUUUCUCCAGCUUGCGUUUCAUCGUUGGAACUCAAUUUGGGUUCUAAACCGAUUGAGUAAAACAACAGAAAAAAAUAGAAAUGAGCCGGAAUCGAAACGCGUGGGGUAGAACUGAAAUUCACGAAAUUCCAUAUUUUAAUAAAAUUGAUAACGCGAUAAAAUUGAGAUAGAAUAACUAAAUUUUAAGGGUGCGACCUUAAGUCGUCGGGUUAGUCAACUAUCUCGCAAAUCAUAUGUGUGCGUAUACGUAUACCGCGGGACCUGAGUAACAGGGAUCGUCAAAUCGCUCUUCUACAAUGGAUAGUCUUUAGCAGGUAGGUUAGGUUCAGCUCGAAUUUUUUUUCGUAGGAAAAUGUUGGGUUUUCCAUGUUUCAUGUAUUUUUAUUUUCGUUAGCUCUUACUGCUAUCCAUAACCAAAUCUAGAGUUUGUUUUAAGGUUGUGUUGUGUUAGGCAUAAAAAUUAAAAAUCGGAAAAUUCUAAAUUCUAAGAAACCUACAUUGCAGAGUUUGAAGGAAGCGAUUAUAUGGAUUUUAUAUUUAAGUAAUUAUUACAUGUGAUAUCGUGACAAUUAGAUUUUAUGAAAUCUAACCUUCAAAGUCAGAAUCAAAAUCAUGAUUCUUGCUUCGCUUCAAUUUUACUAAGUCAAGUCUUUCCAGCUUUCUGUCAUAUUUUGCAACUUUCGAGAUUAGUUUUUAUUGUAUUCUCUGUGAAUAGUUGUCAACAGAUUAGAGGUAUACACAAUUGAAAAAGGAAUUAGUAUUACAAAUAUGGUUUCCUUGAACAAACUAAACCCGAUAUCGUGUUAAAUUAUAUAUAUAUAUAUAUAUAUAUACAAGUAUUUUCAAUACAGAUAAUUUCCAGGAAAUUCUCGGAUCUAGUGAGCAAUAAAAAUGCUUGAUAUAAUCGAUCGUA